AUGGCGUGGGCCUGUGGUGCAGGUGAAAUGGCAUGGGCCUGUGGUGCAGGUGAAAUGGUGGGGCCCGUGUAGCAGGUGAAAUGGCGUGGGCCUGUGGUGCAGGUGAAAUGACAUGGGCCUGUGGUGCAGGUAAAAUGGUGUGGGGCCCGUGGUGCAGGUGAAAUGAUGUGGGCCUGUGGUUCAGGUGAAAUGGUGGGGCCCGUGGUGCAGGUGAAAUGGUGUUUGGCCUGCGGUGCAGGUGAAAUGGUGUGAGAUAAACAUGUGAUGUGAAUGUGAAAGGUUCUACAAGCGCUGUCUGUGAACUACUGAUACUCUGCAACAAUGCAUUAUAUUUUAUUGUCCCAGAUUCUUUAGAAAAUGUGAAAUCAUCAAUCUUAUCUUGUGUUUGUUUUCCAGGAGUUUGCCACUCUGACCAAGGAGCUGAACAUGUGUCGGGAACAGCUGCUGGAGAAAGAAGAGGAAAUAUCUGAACUGAAAGCUGAGAGGAACAACACCAGGGUAAGAGUGUGUGCAUGUGUUACUGAGUGUAUAAUGUGUGUAUAACGUGUGAUGUCUCUAUUCUAGCUUCUCUUGGAGCACCUGGAGUGUCUGGUGUCUCGUCACGAGCGCAGUCUGAGGAUGACAGGUGGUGAAGAGACAAGCUCCUCCUCCCUCUGGGGUCUCCAGCGAGGUGGAGGUCCUCAAGGCCCUCAAGUCCCUGUUCGAACACCACAAAGCCCUGGAUGAGAAGGUGUGUGUGUACCUUUAUCUCACUGAAAACCAGGCUUUAAUUCCAAUCCAAAAUAACACUGUGGUUGUGUGUCUUACAGGUGCGUGAGAGGCUUCGGGUGGCUCUUGAGAGAGUGACUACACUAGAGGGACAGUUAUCAGCCACAACUCAGGAGGUGUGUGUUUGUGUGUGUGUGUGUGUGUGGGUGUGCAUGUAUAACAUCUGUCCUGUCCCCACCUGCCAUCUGCUGAUGCCCCCA